AUGUCGUCUUCGCCAGAGAAACUAUCCGAAAAGUCUUUAGGCGUCGAGGCUGAACCUUUCGACCUUGAAAAGACUCUUCUGGACUUCAAAAAGAGGUGCGCUGAUGCAGGAAUUCACACUCGCGAGCUGGGGGUUGCGUUCGAAAACCUCCAUGUUGUCGGGUUGGGAGAGACCGCAUCGCACCAGGAAACCCUCGGCUCGGUCCUCAACCCACUUGGAAUCGUUGAGGCCGUCCAGAGUAGCCGCCAUCCCUCUAUUCGCGACAUCUUGAACGGGUUUGAAGGGGUCGUCCGACCAAGCGAAAUGUUACUCGUUUUGGGUCGCCCUGGGUCGGGGUGCAGUACUUUCCUCAAGUGCCUGAGUAAUAGACGCGAGGAGUAUCAUGCGGUCGAAGGUGAGGUCUUCUAUGACGGCCUCCUUCCCGAGAUGGUCGAGAAACAUCAUCGGGGUGACCUUCACUACUGUCCUGAGGACGACAUCCACUUCCCUACCCUAACGGUCAAGCAAACCAUUCGUUUCGCCGCUCGCAUGCGAGCCCCACGGCAACGCCUCGGCUACUCGAGAGAAGACUAUGCCGAUGGUGUCACGGCUACCUUGCUCAAGUUAUUCGGUCUUCACCAUGCUAGGAACACGCCGAUUGGAGACGCUGUCGUGCACGGAAUUUCUGGCGGGGAGAAGAAGCGAGUCUCACUCUGCGAGGCGUUGGCCGGCCGUGCAUGUGUCACUGCUUGGGACAAUUCGACUCGUGGCCUCGAUGCCUCGACUGCUCUUGAGUUUGUGCAGACCAUACGAACGGCGACAGAUACGAUGCAGCUCACGACUAUCAUGUCACUGUAUCAAGCAAGUGAAAACAUAUACGAACUAUUCGACAAGGUCUGCGUCAUCUACGAGGGCAAGAUGGCGUACUACGGUCCCGCCAAUGCCGCGCGAGAGUACUUCAUCAACCUUGGAUACGAGCCUGCCAACCGACAAACUACUGCCGACUUCCUCGUCGCUGUCACCGACCCCAAAGCUCGAUCCCCUCGCCAGCUCAACGCCCCCAUCCCCCGCAGCGCCGCUGAGUUCGCUGCAGCCUUUCUCACCUCUAAGCUCGGCAUGGAGAACAAGCAAGAUAUUGCUGCCCAUCGCCGCGAGUUCAUUAGCUACCCCGACAAGAUGAUGGACUACAAGCGUAGUUCCUGCGACGAGCACGAAAAGUUCGCGCGGCCCGCGUCGCCAUACAUCCUUCGUCUGACGGCACAAGCCAGGGAGGUCGUGAUCAGGCGCUUCCAGAUCUUCCGCGGCGCGCUGCUGAUCACGGGGAUGAAUCUAUUCGCGUUCGCGUUCCAGGGUAUCAUCAUGGGGACCGUGUUCUUAAAGGCCCCACAGACGACUGCGGCCUUCUUCUCGCGCUCAAGUGUACUCUACUUCGCGUUGCUCUUUUCUGCUUUGAUGGCCAUGUCCGAAAUCCCAGCGCUUUUCACCCAACGUCCAAUCGUGUUGAGGCACCAGCAUUGGGGAAUGUACCACCCGUUCAUCGAGGCCGUUGCUUUGACUCUGGUCGAUCUACCCGUCAGCUUCGUGACCUCUGUUGUGUUUGGUGGAUUACUCUACCUGAUGGUGGGGCUCCAGAAGACGGCGGGACAAUUCUUCAUCUUCUUCCUAUUCCUCCUUUUCAUGGGAAUCAUUAUGAGGGCAUACUUCCGUGCGUUGGCCGCCGCUUGCAAAUCAGAGGCCGCUGCGCAGACACUUGCUGGAAUAUCCGUUCUGGCACUGUCGAUGUACACGGGCUACUCCAUGCCGGAAGAUUCGAUGAUAUGGGCCUUGAGGUGGCUUAUCUACAUCAAUCCCUUCAAAUACGGUUUUGACUCCUUGAUGACGAACGAGUUCCAUAGUUUAAAUGGAACCUGUACCAAUCUUGUACCGCAAGGGCCGAGCUACGAGAACGUUAGUCUCGCGAACCAGGUGUGUGCCGUUGUUGGCGCACUACCUGGAGAACCCACUGUCCAAGGCGGCCGUUUCCUAGAACUCUCGCUAGGAUACACCUACAAUCAUCUCUGGAGAAACUUCGGCAUUCUGUGCGGGUUUGGUGUUGCCUUCAUAGGCGCACUUCUCAUCUUUACCGAAAUCAACACCAAAGUGUCGGGCUUCUCUGCCGUAACGCUUUACAAGCGUGGUACGAAAUUAGACGACGAACCAGACGCACCUGCGGCGACAGAUAUCGAGAAAAACAGCGAUAAGGAUGCGCACUCCAGAGUGCUGGACCACAGCCGGAACGCUUCCACCCUUCUCGCGGAUGAAGCGCGGGGAGAUGAUAUCUUUUCAUUCGUCCAUGUGGGUUACACGAUUCCGGUUUCCGAUGGGCAGGCGAAGCGCCUUCUAGACGACGUCUCCGGGUAUGUCGCUCAUGGAAAACUGACCGCGCUGAUGGGAGAAUCUGGGGCGGGGAAGACCACCCUACUAAAUGUCUUGGCGCAACGUGUUGACGUCGGCGUCGUGACCGGGGACCGCUUUAUCAACGGUCAGGCGCUUCCGCAGGAUUUCCAAUCCCAAACGGGAUACUGCCAGCAGCUGGAUACACAUCUCCCGAGGACGACCAUCCGCGAGGCAUUGUUAUUUUCUGCCCAGUUACGACAGCCAACGUCGGUGCCUCUCUCAGAAAAGGAAGCCUACGUCGAUAAAUGUCUCCACAUGUGUGGCCUCUGGUCGCACCGCGACGCCAUGGUGGGUUCUCUCAACGUAGAAUUCCGUAAGAGGACCACGAUCGGAGUAGAAUUGGCGGCCAAGCCGAGGUUGCUGCUUUUCCUGGAUGAACCCACGUCAGGACUCGACUCCCAAAGUGCAUGGAAUAUUGUGGCGUUCUUACGCAGCCUCGCCGACCAAGGGCAAGCAAUCUUAUGCACGAUUCAUCAACCUUCGGCCGAGCUUUUCCAGAUGUUCGACAAGCUUCUUUUGCUCCAAAAGGGUGGCCAGACAGUCUACUUCGGUGAUUUAGGACACAACUCGACGACACUACUUCAGUACUUCGAACGCAACGGCUCGCGACACUGUGGUCCUGGGGAGAAUCCCGCUGAGUUCAUGCUCGAUGUUAUCGGCGCCGGUGCAACAGCCACAAGUAGUCAGGAUUGGUAUCAAACCUGGAGGAAGUCCCCCGAGUUCGAAGCGACUCUGCACGACAUCGAGGAAAUCCACAAGAUAGGAAGGAACCGGCCUGCGGUCGAGACCACCUUGAGGACCGAGUUCCCCACGUCGUGGAAGACCCAAGUCGUCGAACUCAUCAAGCGCGGCGCUUCUGAUCACUAUCGCAACUCGAUUUAUCUAUCCUCGAAACUCGUCUUGAACAUAUUCGGUGGGCUGUUCAUCGGAUUCUCGUUCUUCAAGGACGAAGAUAGCCUCCAGGGCGUUCAGAACAAGCUGUUUUCAAUUUUCAUGGGAACGAUAUUGAGUGUCCCGCUUGCUAACCAGCUGCAAAUCCCGUAUCUCGCGACUCGUCGCGUCUACGAGAUUAGGGAGCGACCUAGCCGCAUGUAUGGCUGGACGGCCCUGAUCACGUCUCAAAUCCUGGUAGAAAUCCCUUGGAACAUCCUGGGCUCCUCGCUGUAUUUCAUCACUUGGUACUGGACCUCCCAUUUCCCGAACGACAGGGCUGGCUACGCGUAUCUCCUUAUCGGUGUCAUCUUCCCGUUGUACUACACCACGAUUGGCCAAGCUUUCGCGAGCAUGGCCCCGAACGCUGAAAUAGCUGCUCUCAUCUUCGGUUUCCUCUUCUCGUUUGUUAUCACAUUUAACGGAGUCAUGCAGCCGUACCGUGAGCUUGGGUGGUGGAAGUGGAUGUACCGCCUAUCUCCCUACACGUAUCUCAUUGAGGGAGCCGUUGGCGAAAUAAUGGGACGCCGCAGUGUACGCUGUUCGCCCAUCGAGUUCGUCAACUUGAAUCCACCUAGCGGGCUCACCUGCGGCCAAUAUAUGGCGAACUUCAUCUCCUUUGCUGGCGGGUACCUUACGAACCCCGACGCGUUAAGCGACUGCCAAUUCUGCAGCCUCGAAACGACAGAUCAAUUCCUCGGCAGCGGCUUCAACAUCUUCUACGACCACAGAUGGCGUAAUUUAGGGAUCAUGGCUGCUUUCAUUGUUUGCAACGUACAUGAUUCAACUUACUCUUGCUGUGUCGAUGUCGACUGA